AUGGCUGGGGACUUGAAAGAUUUCAUGCUUGAGAAAGCCGAGCUGCUUUCCACUCGUUUGAAAGAGGCCUUGUCUUUGGGAAAUGAAUACGUUCUGGCCCAGUUCGGAAUCUAUUUGGAUCUGAAGCCUGAGCUGUACCCGACAUGGGUAAUCCUGUCCACGGCUGCGUUUGGAGUCCUGCUGUUACUCAGCUUGUCCUGGGCUGCUGUCUGUGGCGGUCUGCUGGCCGGGAAAAAGCGGGGAUCCCCGAUCACCCAAGUCAGCAGCGAGCCCGACAAGGCCACUGUGGCUACACCUGCCAAACCAGAGGAUAAGAAGAAGAAAAACAAAAAGAAAACGCGUGAUAAGAAGGCUCAAUCUAAUGGACAACCAGUGACUGGAGCUCAAGAGGAAGUUAAAGCGACUGAGGGAGUUCCCAAGCUUGCCCCUCUGGAGAAGGUGCAUGAGGUACUGGCCCCAGUGCAGGUGAAAAAGAACAAGAAAAAAAACAAGGCAGAUGUGAAACAAGCCCAUAAGGUGUCCACAGCUGAUGGGAAGGAACAUGAUGAAGGUGCAUGGGAGACCAAAGUUAGUAACCGAGAGAAGAAGCUGCAGCGAAGGAAGGCCCUAUAUCAAAAUAUUAACAAAAGCCUGAAGCGAAAGGAAGAUGACACGUUCGUCAACAGAGCUGCUACCGCCAGUGACCUGAAAAACUCGUGA